AUGGCAAGAGGCAACCAUACCACAGUGACAGAAUUUGUCCUCAUGGGAUUCACAGACUGUCCCAAGCUUCAGCUUCCUCUCUUUGUGGUGUUUCUGGUCAUUUAUCUCAUCACCGUGGUGGGAAACCUUGGCCUGAUCCUGCUCAUCAGGAUGGAUUCCAGGCUCCACACCCCCAUGUACUAUUUCCUCAGCCACCUGGCUUUCAUUGAUCUUUGUUACUCCUCUUCCAUUGGACCCAAGAUGCUGCAAAAUUUAUUGGUGAAGAAAAAAACCAUCUCCUUUUCAGGCUGCUUUGCCCAACUCUACUUCUCCAGUGCUUUUGCCACCACCGAAUGCUUCCUCUUGGCCACAAUGGCCUAUGACCGCUACAUGGCCAUCUGCAAUCCCUUGAUUUACACAGCCAUUAUGACUCAGAGGGUCUGCAAGGAGUUGGCGAUCGGGGUCUACACCUAUGGUUUCCUAAACUCUGUGAUACAGACAGUUCUUACUUUCCAGCUGUCUUUCUGUGACUCCAACAUCAUCCACCAUUUCUAUUGUGCUGACCCCCCUCUCCUUGCCCUCUCCUGCUCCGACACCCACAGCAAAGAAAAGCAGCUCUUGAUCUUCUCUGCAGUGAAUCUCACUGGAUCCCUCCUGACUGUCCUCAUCUCCUACAUUUGCAUCCUCUUUUCCAUUAUAAAAAUCCAGUCUUCAGAAGGCAAGUGCAAAGCAUUUUCUACCUGUGCCUCCCACCUCACUGUGGUCAUCAUUUUCUAUGGAACACUAUUUUUCAUGUACCUAAGGCAACCUAAAGCAAGGAAUCCAUGGAAGUACAACAAAGUGGUCUCCGUGUUUUAUAGUCUUAUAAUUCCCAUGCUCAAUCCCCUAAUUUAUAGCUUGAGGAACACAGAAGUAAAGAACACCCUGAGGAAGAUGCUGGAGGGCAAGGAAUCAUAG